CGUGACAUGUCCAGCUGAUCAAACACUGUCGGUAUGGUAUACAUGUAUACAGAUGCGAUGGAACUCCUGCAGGACUAGUCGUAGAUGGAUGUGCCAACACUGUACGUCAACGUCGUGUGCCUCCUGAUCCUCGUCCCAGCAUCAGAUGAGCGGCCAUCCAGACAGCAGCAUGCCAGGUUCCGUAACAAGCACGACAUGAAGGAUGUCAUCUUCCAGCAGGAUCUCAUCAGGGAGAUGAAAGCCAGCAGGGUGGGGUGUGCCUCGCAGUGUCAUAUUCACGCGACCUGCAAGUCCUACUUCUACAACAAGUCAACUCGCCGGUGUCGACUCCAUUCCACCAUCUUCACCGACACCACUGGAGCCAUACCUACAGAGGGAUGGGACUACUACGGGAGACAUGCAACUUCAGUCAAAAGAAACAAGGCAAAAACGACAACAAAGACAUUACCCUUGGAAUCGUCAACACUGAGCCCUGAACAUACAGCUGAAGCAUCAACUACUGUAGAUAUAACUGCAUCCAACUCGGGCGAUGCUUCAAUAGGGACAACACAAUCUUCUGGGAAGGAGGUUUCAGAGGAAGCCAGAAGCUCCCCUGGUACGACUGAGGAAAGAACAGUUACAGAAGCCGAUCCUGAAACAACUACCAGCGACACUUCCGCACAGAAGAGUCGUCUCUUGUCCACACUGGCAACAAGAUAUAGGUCCAGAACAGCAAGCAGCACAGAGAUGGGUGGAGCCCAAGAGAACCGUUUGACAAGUCGCAUGGUGACCAAACCAUUCGUGAAACUGUGGGCAGUCACACCUGAGUCUCCUCCUCCCGGGAAGCUAGCCUCAAUAUCAACCCAAGACAGCCUUUCAACGACGGAAGAUGGGAUUAAAAGUGCACCAGGGUCGCGUGUCACCAUAAAAACGACUGGCAAUGUGGUCUCCUCCUCCCCCACCUCUUCCACUACCACCUCCUCCACCUCCUCCAUCUCCUCCAUACCUACAACUGACAGGGACACAACGUUUAAUGCAAACGAACAGUUUUCUGAACAAAUUUUGUCAACGUCAAGUAACAGAUCAGAAGAUGAUAACAUGCCAGAAACAGACAGUUCCGUAUCUGUAGCACCAAAGGAUACAACGGCUAGCAACACAGGUCAGGUAGUUCAAACAUCUCACCACAACGAGGACCAGCAUGAUGAGCUGAACUUUCUCACCACUGAAGAUCAUGCCCAGUUGUUUGAAUUGUCAACAGGUCUGGCGAUCUCUCCUGAGACAACUGGAGAUGAAGACGACGAAGCUGGAACGUUCACAGUUAUGAUGGUAAUUGGUGACGAUGAUGAUGAGGUUGAAACUACCCAGUUCAUGAUGGGACCCGGUGUGGAGUCCACAGUGAGUGUCAUAUCUAUCGGUGGGGACGACGACGACGAACACCAUCAGCACAUACUGGACCAUGACGUGGAAGAUGACGGCGAGGUUUACUCCACGACUGAUGUCUCAGCCAUUACACCUGAACGAGGACCACUACAGGAAAGUGACGCUGGCAAGACCACCGAGGAGAAAUCACCUUAUGCUACACUGAGACUCGACAAAAGUGUGGCGAACUCUGGAUCUACGGAAUCGCCGACCUCUGGAAGUUCUGUAGCAGGCAAGGUGGCUACCUAUGUAGUGUUGGGAGUGGUUCUCCCUCUGUUGGGUGCGGUAGGGUAUGCUCUGUACCGUCGGUGGAGAACAGGAUCCUGGACUCGCCUACACAAACAGGAUGACAGCCUGAGUCUACAGCUCGUCUCCUCCACUGAUGGACUGACCAUGUAAUACUCUGGGGAUACAGCUUUUUGUUUUUUGGGUGGGAAUGUGGGUAUUUUUGUUUGAGACAAAUUGUCUUUAAACAAUUUUACCUUAAUACAUAAUUUGCUCUGUUUAUCUGGAUUUCAAAGAGCGUCAUGCCACUCUUGCUAAAGGUUACAGCAUUUAAAGCCUCAGUAAAGCU